AUGGGAAAGCCAAAUACUGUAUAUUCGUCGACUGUGGAAGGUCCACCUUCCACUGAACAGCUCAAUGAACAGCUCAAUGAACAGCUCAAUGAACAGCUCAAUGAACAGCCAGAGGAACAAACCAUAGAAGACGAGGACCUGUCGAUUUUAACAGACUCCGAAGCUGAAGUAGGGGAAUUUGUUAGAAAGUACGGUGAUAUCAAUUUCAAGUACAUUAGGAAACCGAAGGGCUCUGUUUGGUUCAUACGGCCUCACGCUUUGAAUUUCUUCAAGGAUGGUGUGUUGUAUCGUACGAAAGAGGAGAGAACCUCCGGUAAGACAGAAUUGUUCCUGGAUCUGAUGUACGUGGGAAUUAUUGCAAACCUCGCUGGCUCGGCCUGCGAGGAAGCUACGAUGGGGGCUCUCCUGAAAUAUGCUCUACUAUUUAUCCCCGCCUGGGUUGUAUGGAGUGACAUCAAAGAUUUCACAAACUACUAUUAUAAUGAGGAUUUGUCUCAAAAACUCUAUAUAUUGUGGAUUCUGGUCCUCCUGACAUUGUUCGCCAACUCAAAUGGGGAGCUGUUAGAGGGUCGUAAGGGGGCAGCAUUCACGAUUGUUCCUUAUAUUCUCUGCAGACUGUCUCUUGCAUUCAGUUUGUUGCUCUAUUCGUGUUUCAUUCCCCAACAUCGGGUUCAGAUGAGAAUCUACGCCGUUACUAUACUUGUUACCAGCUCGUUAUGGGUUCCCGUCAUAUUUGUCUCCACAAGAUCAAAGAUUAUUCUUGCAGUGGUAACAAUCGUUCUGGAACAGGUGUGUUUCUGUGUAUGCUAUCACCCAGCAACCAAGAAAGCCCUCAAAUUGCGAAUGUCUACGGCUCUAAACAUUGAGCACGAAGUAGAGAGGUUUGGAGUUUUCGUCACUAUUGCCGUAGGUGAAUUCCUAUAUAAGGUUGUUGCGGAGGGGCCAUUGGGUGCCGGGUUUAGCUUAAAAUUUGUCAGAGGAAUCCUUCUGUUGCUUAUUGCAUAUGACCUCUUCUGGAUAUAUCAGAACGGAUCCACAGCAACAAAGGCUACUCAUGCUCUACGACGCAAUGGUUGGACGGCUAUUAGCUGGAUUUAUUUCCACCUCCCUCUUGUAGGUGGACUGGUCCUUGCUGCUGAUGCGGGAGGCGAUAUUGCUUCUUCUGAUUUUGCCUCAAUAUCAGAGCGAUUGGCAACUUCACACGAAGAACAAAAAAAGCUGUUUGUGUUGUCGCUUUUUUUUACUGGAGGUUUAUGUGUUGUAUUGAUUUGUAUCGGUGUUCUUGCAUUGCUGGAUUUACCCCACGAUCCCCCAAAGAUGCACAUCCUUCCAAGAUUUUGGAGAGUUAUAUGGAGAAUACCGGCUGGAGUACUGAUUCUUCUAUUAAGUUUUGCUCAUCUGGAUUUUACUGUUUUGAUGGGAGCGGUUACAGGAAUCCUUACAGCUUUGCUAAUAUACGAAAGUAUUGUAUUAACUCCAAGAGAAAACUUGGGAUACCUAUGUGAAAAUUAG